AUGUUCAAGCCCACCGUCCGCGUCAAGGCCGAGGGCGAUGUCAAAGUGCACAAGCGCGGCGCACCAAGCUCACGGUAUCCUCACCGACUAAACUUCUAUGACAACCCCCCAACACUAGACAUCACACUAGACGAGUUCGAAACAGCGGCGCUCACGCGCCUCCGCGUCCUGACCUACCUCGAGGCGCUUUCGCAGCGCUCGCUUCCUCCGGCCCAGCUCUCCUCCACCCUCGCCGCUUACCUCAAACAACACCUUCCGUUAUCCUCAAACACGGCGCGCUCGGCAGACCUAGAAGCCGAGCGGCGCCUCGACGCGAUCGGACACUGGGUGCUGCGCCUGUCGUUCGCGCGCUCGCCAGAGCUGCGCGCGCGCUUUGUCCGCGCCGAGACCGCGCUCUUCAAACACCGGUUCGAGACUGACGACGCGGCUGAGCGCGCACACUUCCUCGCGUCCCUCCAGUUGGCAUGGGACACGGUUGGCGACACCGAGAAGAGCCACUUUGCGCGCGAGCUCCGCGCCACGAUGUGGUGGGCGAAGGAGGACGCGUUCGCUGCCGAAACAUGGUUCAAGGUCCCGUGGGCGUCGGUGCCGGAUCUCGUGGCGCAGCGGCGCGUGUUCGUGCGCAAGGGCAUGGCGUAUGUCCCGCAGAGCAUGCAGAUCAGUCUUGUGCUGCAGGCGUUUUCGGCGCGGCUCGAGGCGGCGCUCGAGCUCACGGCUAAAAAUCUGCCACGGCUGGACGAAGACGAGCGGCUCGCGCCCGUCAUCGACCACCUUGCGUCGUCGUUCCUCUCGGGCCUCGCGGGCGCCGAGUUCACACCCUCCGACUCAACAGCCCUUGUCACGGCCGAAAUGGUCGACGACGUCGCGCGCAAGCACUUCCCGCCAUGCAUGCUGAACCUCUACGAGCGGCUCAAGCGCGACCACCACCUGAAGCACUUUGGGCGGCUGCAGCUCGGCCUCUUUUUGAAGGGCAUCGGGCUGCCGCUCGACGAAGCCCUCGUCUUCUGGCGCCGGAUGUACGGCGCCGCCAUGUCGGACGACAAGUUCAACAAAGAGUACCGGUACAACAUCCGGCACAGCUACGGGCAAGAGGGCCGGCGCGCAAACUACCCGCCGCGCAGCUGCCAACAGAUCCUGACGUCGCACCAGCCGGGCACGCAGGACGCGCACGGCUGCCCGUUCCGCCACUUCGGGCCAGACAACCUCCAGACACUGCUCGCGUCGUACCGCAUCGAGCGCGGCAGCGCCGAGAUGAAGGACAUCAUGGACAGCGUCAAGGCGAGCGCGUACCAUGUCGCGUGCACGCGGCUGUUUGAGGUCACGCGGGGGAUCAAGCGCGGCGAGGGCGUCGGCGGGGGCGAGAGCGUCACGCACCCGAACACGUUUACGAAGCGGAGCCAGGAGAUCGAGAGCGAGCGGUUGGAGGCGGCCAAGGCGUAGGCUGUAUGUAUAUUUUUAGCGGGGCUGGUGUUCAGGCGGCCACCUGUCGGGAGGCAUAUUGACACAAAGGCCUGUUCCCAGCACAUGAGA